AUGUGUACUCCAGAGCAACUGGACAAAACCUACUGGCUCUGCAUCUUCGGUGUCAACCAGCACGUUUCCAUUUGCGGGGCGGAGGCAAAUCCCUGCGAUUGUGGCGCGGAGAAGUUCCUCAAUGACCAUCCACUUUGCGAGAUGGACAAGUUUGGGCUGAUGAUGCAACGGAUUCCAGAGCAUGCAGUGGCUGUGGAUGAUCGCCUCGCCACCUUCAGCAGGCUCUGGGUCCUCAAAGAGCUGUAUACCGCCUUAUCGUCGGGCUUGGACAGCGAGUUCUGCGGCCGGGUGGCCUCAGACUUCUCGGUGGCCUCCUUGCAGGGCGUCCGGUUCGCCAGGGCAUCGAGGGAGGAGGACCGCGUCAUGAUUCUUCGGGAGAUUGAAGCAUCCAUCGGCUACGAGGCUUUCGAUUGCAGCAUACUUGACAAGGUCCAGCGCGAAAGGGCCAAGUUUGCCAUGGCUGAUGCCGUCAUGAGACGCCGCCCGGAAGCCGUACAGGCACUCCUCAGCCAGGACUCAUCCCUGUGCAAUGCCCAGCUGCGGUGCUUUAGUUCGAAAGGACCCCUGCAUUUAGUGGCGGAGCAGACGAGGUCCGCCACAGAAAACGAGGAUGCUGCGAACCGACCAGCCAUUUUGGAGCUGCUUCUACAGGCAGACGCCGAUCCGAAUCUGCCGGAUGCCUUGGGACGCACGGCGCUCCACGCGAUUUGCCAGUGGAGUGGCAGCGCUGCACUGGCACGGCGCCUGGUCAACGCCAGAGCAGACGUUACAGCAAGGGCCAGCGCGGGCCCGCUGAAAGGGAAGACGCCGGCAGAGCUGCUGUUGGCUGAGGACACUAUCAAGCUUGAGCACCUCAAUCGGGGCCUCACAGAGA